CCGUCAUAUAUGUGAAUUGUAGUGUUACAGUGGAGAUGGGACAGGUGUUUACUUUAUGCAGAUUUUUGGUAUGACUAUGGUGAUGAAGACUGCAGCCUGAUCAUGAAUACAUUUCCAAGAUUUCUGCUGUAACACGACGUCAUCAUCUAGUUGUGAGAUAUAUCUGAUCAGGGUACCCGUAUAAAAGCCGUCAGCAUGGCCCAGUUUAACCCAGACGAGAGAGAACCUCUCAUCAGCGGAGGUGGUGAUGGUCAUAGCCAGUCAGACACUGUAGUAUUACGAAGAAAUAUAGACGAAAUUGACAUGCCCAAGAUGGAGAAAGAAGAAAAAAAGUCAGCUUUCAGUGGAAAGACUGGUCUAGUGGUAAUAUGUAUUUUGAUGACAGAACUUUGUGAACGUUUGACCUAUUACAGUGUGGUGGCGAACCUUGUUUUAUUCUGUACUUCCAAACUCGACAUUCCCAGUUCUGAUGCUGCCAACAUAAGUCUCGUUUUCUCAGGUACCGUUUAUCUCAUCCCUGUGGUCGGGGGAUACAUAUCGGAUUCCUAUGCAGGGAAAUACAACACGAUUCUGGGGUCUGGACUGAUAUAUCUCCUCGGGUUAUUUCUGCUGCCGGCAUCAGCUAUAGAUUACACCGGCUGGUUUGGGAAAGAUGAUGAUGGAGCUGACUAUGACCUCAGUAUUGAAACAAGAAAGGCUUACUUUUUCAUGGGGCUGACCUUCGUUGCCAUAGGAACAGGUGGAAUCAAGGCCAACGUUGGCCCUUAUGGAGCACAGCAGGUUACCGACCUGGGUCCAGAGGCUGUACAAUCUUUCUUCAACUGGUUUUACUGGUUCAUAAAUGCGGGAUCCCUAGUGGCCUACUCUGGUGUGGCCUACAUCCAACAGAACAUCAGUUUCACCAUCGGAUUCCUUAUCCCUCUGGCCAGCAUGUUCGUUGCUCUGAUCAUCUUCGUAGCUGCCCGGAAUCUGUACAUCAACAAUGCAGUGGGAGGAAGCAUCUUGAGUAAAGCCUUCGGAGUAUGUACUGCUACAAAAUGUCAUGGAUUCAAGAAAUCCAGAAAACAGAACGGAGGUCCCUACAGUGACGAGAUGGUGGACGGUGUGAUCUCGGUCCUCCGAGUGCUCCCUGUAUUUUUACUAAUCAUAAUGUACUGGGCAGUAUAUUCACAGAUGCAGUCAACGUUUUUCCUGCAGAGUGAGAGGAUGAAUGUGAUGGUUGGGGAUGUUAAGAUGCCAGCAGCUGUACUUAAUAUUUUCAACACUGUCAUCAUUCUCGUCCUCAUCCCUAUCAUCGACCGAGGUGUCUACCCUCUCCUGGCUAAAUAUGGACGUAGUCCAUCGCAUCUACAAAGAAUAGGACUCGGAAUGAUAUUGGCAGCUCUGUCUGUCGUAGUAGCUGGAGUAUUGGAAAUCUAUCGUAAACAAGAGUUGUCAGAAUCAGGGGGGAUGAUUCAAGAAUUGGCCGAUGACAAAUUUAAUGCCUCAACUUUAUCAGUAUUCCUACAAGUACCUGAGUUCGCCCUUGUGGGGGCAAGUGAGGUUUUUGCCAGUAUAUCCGGCCUUGAGUUUGCGUACUCGGAAGCUCCAGAUUUCAUGCAAGGUUUGGUGAUGGGUUUGUUCCUAAUGACGUCAGGUAUUGGAAACUACGUCUCUACUUUGAUUCUUGUGAUCGUCAAGGCUGCUUCUGUUGAUGACCCUUGGUUUCCGGAUGAAAUAAAUGAAGGGAAAGCUGAAUAUCUAUUCUUUCUUAUUGGAGGAUUGAUGGUUGUGAAUUUCUUUGUUUUUAUCAUCAUUGCCAAAUUGUACAAAUCACGUGCAUCAGUAGAGGGUAAAAAGAAGGAUAUUGAAGAACCACAACUAUACCUUGCUGACCCAAUUAUGGAAGUGAAAACACACGACGAACCCGGUUACCAUGACAACCCUCUCGCAACAGAUACAAAAAUGUAGUACAUAUAUGGUUCUCGUGGGAAAACAACUUACAUUAUGAGCUAAAAAUAAAGUUAUUUUGGAAAUGCAAGAUCGAAGAUGCCCCUGUUUCAAAUAACAAUGCGGUACUGAAUUUAUUGCAUGAGCGAAAAUUUAGUUUCAGGAGAAAAUGCCGAAGAUAUUUUUCAACGAAAGGUUUUGCUAAGGAAAUGCGAUGUCCAUCAUUAAUAUCCAGGAGAUAUCUGUAUCAAGCUGUGUUCGUUACUGGUUAACCUGCCAAAUGUUUGCUAGUGGCAAAAGGUUAUGGAAUUCAACUGAUGAAACAUACACUAGUCAUUUGUAGUUAAAAUGAAAUGAAUUCCAGGUUUCUCUGGCUCAACUGAUAUGUAAUGAUGUUGAUAAAUAUGCUUAAUUUCUUCCAAAGUAAUACAAAAUUAAUUUAAAUAUUUGAAAAUCGCAAUUAUAAUGAGGAAUACACAAAAACCGAUUUGAUGCUGACUUGACAAGUACACUUUAUACAGAAUAAUUAAUACUGCAAACAUGCAUAUUUUAGCGGUGAUAUUAUUUUGACGCUUCUCGCACUGACAUCAUUCUGCUUAUCUGUUAAAGUUUAUAUAUGCGCGAAAAUGUGAGUGCGCCAAGAAAUGUAUAGAUCAUGAUAUUUCAAAUUUAAGAAGAAUAAUGUUAUGCUUGAAAUUCCGUUAGUAAAUUGAACAAGUGCCAAAUGGAAUUCGACAAGACGAAGAUAUAGACAUGUAAAACAUUAACUGUGACUGUCCGACAAGUACAAUCAAUAUGUAUCAACAUUGUUCAUAGCUAUUGUCUUAUAUACUAAGUAUCUUAAUCAUUGUGUUUAAUCUAGUAUCUAAGUCAUUCGAGAUGAAUUGUCUUUGCAUACAACGUCCAUUAUUCUUUGUAUACAACGAGUAUUCUUUGAAGGCUUUGAGUUGAUGAAUAGUCUAUGUAAUCAACGUCAAUGCUUUAAGACAUUUAAGUAGAUAAACAUUCUAUGAAAACAACGUUCAAACUUUAAACAUUUGACAUCAUUUUAUCACUGGAUGAAAAGGAGUUGGGAGUUACCCUGCCAGAAACAUGAUCAGUAUAUGAGAAGGAAAUCAAAAUUGUUAUAUGAAAUAUAAAUAUAUAUCGGGCAUCUGUCGCUUACUUCAAAAUCAGUAUUUUUCUAUUUGUUUAAUUCUAUAUACGUCAUAACAUUUGAGCAGCUUUAUUAUCUUAACACUUUCAUGCUGUCGCUGAUUUAUGUACAACAGAUACUACCGGUACCUUUUGCUUGAGGUGAUGUGAUAAAUCAGUAUUACACAAACAGAU